AUGAAGCCAACACAGUCGACAUCACACCCAUACAUCCUGCACACUCCACGAGGCAGUCUCCGGGGCGUGGAGCACCGCGACGCCUCGACCAAGACUCCGAUCUUAUACCGCUUCACCAAAGUGCCAUAUGCAUUGCCUCCGGUUGGACCACUACGCUGGCGACGGCCGCAAUCAUUGCCAGCGGACUUUACAUUCAACACUACGAACGACGAGCCAGGCAACUACACUGAAUUCGGGCCCGUGUGCCCUCAACCGCAUUACGCGCACGACCUGGCGUACGUGGACCCGCCACCUCCUGGAGCAGCGCAACCGAUCGAAAACGCCCAGGACGAAGACUGUCUGUACCUGAACAUCUGGGUCCCGGCGGACGGAUGCCCAGGGUCCGAACUGAAACCGGCGACCGGGUGGCCGGUGCAGUUCUUCAUUCAUGGCGGAUGGCUCCAGAUUGGCAACGCGAUGCAGUCGCACGACCACGACCCGUUUGACCUGUUGGCCAACACGGCGCCGCGGAUCGUGGUGUCGCCCACGUACCGCCUGAAUGUGUUUGGGUUCUUGGCCGGGGAGGACCUGGCGUCCCUGCACGAAGACCCGGCGCCGUCCAACUACGGUUUCUGGGACCAGCGCCGCGCUCUGGAAUGGACGGCCGAGCAUAUUGGUCUGUUUGGCGGCGACCCGAACAACAUCACCGUUGGGGGCUUGUCGGCCGGUGCGAAUUCGAGUUUCUUUCAAUUGAACUAUGACAGUCAAUUAGGACAAUCACAAUCAGGACAACAAUCAGCAGUGGCACAUGAUGGCGCACCAACAGCACCAGCACCAGCAUCUGCAUCUGCAACCACCACCACCUCCUCGACAUCCUUUUCUAACCGGCGCUUAAUCCGCCGCAUAUUUCUCUGGUCCAACGCCGUAGCAAUCCAACCCAACGCCAGCACCUCGCCCAUCCUAACAGCCCAAUUCAACGAACUAUGUUCCGUCCUCGGGAUCGACAUAUCCUCCUCCUCAACUCCAGCCCAAAAGAUGGCCGCUUUGCGCGCAAUUCCCGCCAGUGAUCUCGUGGCCGCCCUGUCCAAACUAAAAAUGCACACCUUCCGCGCCAGCACGGACGGCGAGUUCAUCCGACCGACAUUUUUGUCCUCCUUGCACAGCGGCGCAUUCGCGACACGCUUGUCCCGUAACAACACUUCUGUGUUACUAGGCGAAGUCAGCGACGAAAAGGAACUCUACAAACUCGUCAAUCCGCCUCGGAACCACGCUGAACUUUUGACUCAGCUGGCAAACUACUAUCCUCCAGCUGUGGUUGAGGCUUUAUUGCCCCUUUAUAAGCUCCCCUCCACAAACGACGGAGAUGAAGCUGGUUCUGCUUGGGCCGAGGUGUUUAGUCAAAUGGUCGCCGAUGCGCAGGUCCACGCUUCGCAGAGGGGUCUGGUUCAUGUUUUGGUGAAUCCGGACGAGAAGAAAUCGGGAGUACUGCCUCUUCCUUUGUCAAAAGUCCAUCGCUACCGCAUCGCGUGGCGCGCCCAAGCCCUAGACAACUGGCUCAAACCAGAAGUCAAAGUGUGCCAUUCGGCAGAUAUUCCCAUCUGGUGGGCGAGUGGGUGGCGAUACGAUUUCAGUGAGCAGGACAAAACCGUCAUCAAGAAGUUUCUCGAACCGUUUGCUCAGUUCUUGUAUGGUGAGGAUCGGGUCUCUUGGCCGUGUAGUGCGGAAAAUCGACUGAGGUUGUUGGAUCAGGAUGGGACGAUUCAUGAAGAUGUCGAGGAUGAGUUGUGGGAGCGGGGGCUGGAGAUUUGGAAUGCUGUCUGGAAGGCGCAGAAGCCGAUUGUUGCCAGUGAGUGA